CUCCCUUUUUUAGAUACUGGAUACUUCUUUUAUCACAAUGGCAUUGCAAAGGCCAGGAGAAGACGCAGUCUUCAACACAAGCUUCAUCUGGAAAAGGAUUCCAGGGUAAGGAAAGCUGUGCAACAGGAAGGCUUCAGCAGAAGGAAGCGAGGAUAUAGAGACAUCAAUGACAUUGACAUCAACAUGAAUGAUCCUUUAUUUACAAAGCAAUGGUACCUGAUUAACACUGGUCAAGCAGAUGGGACUCCUGGACUUGACCUUAAUGUUGCUGAAGCAUGGGAGCUGGGAUACACAGGGAAGGGAGUAACCAUAGGAAUUAUGGAUGAUGGAAUUGAUUAUCUCCAUCCAGAUCUUGCAUCAAAUUAUAAUGCCAAAGCCAGCUACGACUUCAGCAGUAAUGAUCCCUACCCCUACCCCCGCUAUACAGAUGACUGGUUUAACAGCCAUGGGACAAGGUGUGCGGGAGAGGUGUCUGCUGCUGCCAACAACAACAUCUGCGGUGUGGGAGUUGCAUAUAACUCCAAGGUGGCAGGUAUUCGAAUGCUUGACCAGCCAUUUAUGACAGACAUUAUUGAGGCUUCCUCUAUCAGUCAUAUGCCUCAAGUCAUAGAUAUAUAUAGUGCCAGCUGGGGACCAACUGAUAAUGGAAAGACUGUGGACGGACCUAGAGAGCUGACACUGCAAGCGAUGGCAGAUGGUGUGAACAAGGGCCGGGGCGGCAAAGGAAGCAUCUACGUCUGGGCCUCUGGAGAUGGGGGCAGCUACGAUGACUGUAACUGUGAUGGUUAUGCAUCGAGCAUGUGGACAAUCUCUAUCAAUUCUGCUAUAAAUGAUGGACGGACAGCUCUGUAUGAUGAAAGCUGCUCUUCAACUUUAGCCUCCACCUUUAGUAAUGGGAGGAAGAGAAAUCCAGAGGCGGGCGUGGCUACAACGGAUUUGUAUGGCAACUGCACCCUGCGUCACUCAGGAACAUCUGCAGCUGCCCCUGAAGCAGCCGGAGUGUUUGCCUUGGCCCUGGAGGCUAACUUGGAUCUGACGUGGAGAGACAUGCAGCAUCUGACAGUGCUCACCUCCAAGAGGAACCAGCUUCACGAUGAGGUUCAUCAAUGGCGUAGAAAUGGUGUUGGGCUGGAAUUCAACCAUUUGUUUGGCUAUGGUGUCCUAGAUGCAGGAGCAAUGGUUAAGAUGGCGAAAGACUGGAAGACUGUUCCCGAGAGAUUCCAUUGUGUUGGGGGGUCAAUACAGGAACCCGAAAAGAUACCGCCAAGUGGCAAGCUGGUCCUCACACUUACAACUGAUGCUUGUGAGGGGAAGGAGAACUUUGUCCGAUACCUGGAACACGUCCAAGCAGUUAUAACUGUGAAUGCCACCAGGCGAGGAGACCUCAACAUCAACAUGACCUCGCCAAUGGGAACAAAGUCCAUUUUACUGAGCCGGCGCCCCAGGGACGACGACUCCAAGGUGGGUUUUGACAAAUGGCCUUUCAUGACCACACACACUUGGGGAGAAGACCCCCGAGGCACCUGGGCUCUAGAGAUUGGGUUUGUCGGCAGUCUACCACAGCGGGGCGUGCUGAAGGAGUGGACACUGAUGCUGCACGGGACUCAGAGCGCACCAUAUAUAGACCAAAUAGUAAAAGAUUAUCAGUCCAAACUGGCCAUGUCCAAGAAGGAAGAGCUUGAAGAAGAGUUAGAUGAGGCAGUGGAGAGGAGCCUGAAAAGUAUACUGAGCAAGAACUAGUGCUGUUCUGCAUGAUGGUGUCCUUCCUUCCCCAGACCCCGCUACUCAUCUUUCUACUAUCCAAGCCUCUGUGUUAGACAUAUUACAAUGAUCUGUCUCUGUAGCCAAAUUAUCACACUUCCUUGAUUUUAAAGUCUUAUAUCUCGUCAAUAAUUACUUUAAUUACCACUGAAGCAAUCCUUUUUUUACUCUAAACCACAAAUAUACUGUUCCCCACCGAAUACUAUGUACAGUUUGUGACUGUAAAUGAUUUUUCUUUUGUGUCAUACAAAUAGGUAAUAACCUGCAAAGCAGUUGAUGGCUUUUCCCUUCAUAUUUUUGUGGUAAAUGUUGUUUGUAUUA